CAGUUUAAAUAAAGAAACAGUUCUAACGUUAAUUUUUGUUUUUCUGUUCUGUUCCGUUCAUUACAUACUCUCUCCCGCAGAAUCUGAAUCCCCACGGAGACUUCAAUUGACUCCCACUCACUGCCCCUUUUUUUUUAUUUCAAUUUCCCCAAAUUCUAGGGUUUUAAUUCAACCUGGAGAAUUUGGAAUAAUAAUUGCUUAAGGGUCUUAAUUACUGGAUGCUGGACAAAAAUUUGAAGUUCACUGGAUGGACUUUGUUGUUGAGGAAACCUACGAAUUCAUUUAUAUAUGAAGGAAUCAGAAGGCAUGCAGCCGAAUUCUGAUAGUGGAAAGGCGUUGGGAUGUGAUCAAGAUCAACAACAUUUGGCUCAGCCAUACUCGGUUCAUUCUGAGCCUUGGUGGCGUGCUAUUGGUGGUGGUAACACUGUGUCUUCAGCUCAGGCAGGGGGAAACACGUCCCAUUUAUCGUCUGAUUCACUAUCGAAUGAUGAUCGAUCAAUGUCAAAUGGAGGACUGAACGAGGAAGAUGAUGGGGCUAGCAAAGAAUCUCAAGCCACCGCGUCUUCUAGAUUAGUUUUGGAUAGUGGACAAGAACACAGAAAUCUGCAGCAUAUUGCUCCAAGUAUGACUGCAAUGCAUGAUGAAGGUUUGUCACAACCUACACAGCUUGAACUUGUUGGUCAUUCUAUUGCAUGCGCUUCACAUCCAUAUCUCGACCCAUACUAUGGCGGAAUGAUGGCAUCUUAUGGGCAUCAACCUUUGGGUUAUCCUCAUUUCAUAGGCGUGCCUCAUGCUAGAAUGCCUUUACCGGAUGAGAUAGCCCGGGAACCUGUUUAUGUAAAUGCUAAACAAUAUCAAGGUAUACUGAGGAGAAGGCAGGCCCGUGCAAAACAAGAGCUUGAGAGAAAGCUAGUAAAAGUUAGAAAGCCAUAUUUACACGAGUCUCGGCACAAGCAUGCUAUGAGGAGGGCCCGGGGUUCUGGAGGACGUUUUGCAAAGAAAACAGAUGGUGAUUCUCUGAACACAGCAGAAGGAAUGGGCAAUAAUUCUGGUCCAGUCCACUCAUCUCAGUCUGGCAGUUCAUCGGGUUCGGAGCAAAUGCCUUCAGAUUCAUCUGAGAUGUGGAUUUUCUCCCAUGGUCAAGGAGAGGUAAGAAGAGCUCUCCAAGUGCAUGACACUUCUGAAGCUGGUAAUCACGUAAAUGGCGGUGGUCACUACCACAACAAUCUCAGUGGCUUGCAAACUUCAACUCGCCGUUCACAGACUGGUGAAGAAGCGGGGAAUGGGGACUGCUCAGGCCAACGACGGGGGAGCCUUUCUUCAAAUCAUACCUCACAGAGGCCUCUUGCCAUCCAGUGAGUUCCAGCUUGCUUAGUGGUUGCCGGAGGAUUUCCGCCCUACAGCCGAUUCCUCUUUGACCACAUCCUUGGCAAUACUGCCAGGCGGCAAUUCAUUCUUGGCUUUGUUCGUGUUUGCAGCUCUCAGCUGAGCAGUGGAGGAACAAAAUGAUGAAGAGAGUGCGGUGGCUACUUUUAAGCUGUGCCCCUCUUACCGUCAAUGUUCCCAUUUUUCUUUUUUCUUGUGUACAUAAAAAUGUUCUAUAAACAAGAGUACAAAUAGUGUCUCUAGAGAUUUUAAUGAAUUAAGUUUAGUGAGCGUAUUUGACAGUUAUUUGUUUAUUCUCAAUUUGAUUAAUAUAUUUUCUUUUGGUUUAA